AUGAGUGCGGUCCAUGAGCAGCGCCAACCAAAUCCGGUAACAAAGGCCAACUUCCUUUCCAAAUGGUUCUUUAUCUGGACGCGCGAGAUUCUCUUCAAGGGAUUACGGCGGAGUCUGGAUCCGUCGGAUCUUUAUGCCCCCGAACCCAGUCUCGAGAGCACCAACGUGUCAGCCUUCCUGCUCGGUCACUGGGAGCAGGAGCUUAAGCGACCCAAACCCAACGUCCUGCGCAUGAUAUUUAAGGCCUACGGGUGGAGCUUUGUGCCAGCUAGCAUUGUUUACUCCAUCAUGGCCAUUGCAGUGCACACAACGCAGCCUUUGAUGCUGGGCGGCCUGGUCUCCUUUUUCUCGGAGAGCACUGGGAAGAUAACAAAACACUCUGCUUACUUGUAUGCCAUGGGUGUGGUGCUCUGCUCCCUGAUAUCGGGACUCUUCUUCCAUCCCUUCAUGAAGUACCUGUUCCGAGUGGGUUCUCGCGUGCGACUGGCUUGCGCGGGAUUGGUAUACCGGAAGUUCCUUCGAGUUUCGGUGGCAGCGGACAACAGUGGAGUGAGUGGCUACGCCAUAUCCCUGAUGGCCACCGAUCUGCCGACCUUUAACGAGUCCUUCUACUGCUUCCACGAGCUGUGGCGUGGUCCCUUAGAAGGAGUGGUCUUCGUCUAUAUCAUAUACCAAUUGAUUGGAUGGCCAGCGGUAGUGGGAUUGGGCACAAUCGUGGCUUUUAUCCCGCUUCAAGCAUGGGCCGCGCGGGCUAUUGCCCGGUACAAAAGGAGCUCUGCAGAUGUUGGAGAUGAAAGGGUGAAGCUAAUGAACGAGAUUAUCGCUGCCAUGCAGCUGAUCAAAAUGUACGCCUGGGAGAAGUCCUUCGCCAAACUGAUUGGCAAAGUGAGGAAGGAGGAGAUGGACUCUAUAAAGGGUUCCACUUACAUUUAUGCCGGACUGCAGUGCACUGGCAUGAUCUCCAAGCUGUCACUCUUCCUUUCGUUAGUAACCUAUGUAUUCACGGGUGACAUAGUCACCUCCCAGAAAGUAUUUAUAGUCUCCAGUUACUACGAUCACCUGAACGAUUCUCUUUUGCACUCCUGGCCAUUGGCCAUUAAUAUGUGGGUAGAGACGCUUGUGGUUGCGAAUCGAGUGAAGGAUUUCCUUUUCCAGCACGAGACUCCUGCUGAUGGAGGAGUGCACAAUUUUAAGGAAGCAGAGGAUAAUCCGGAACAUGGAAAUUUCAGUGGACGCACCCACAAGCCCAAAGCUGAAACCAAGAGCAUUACGGUCCAUAAACUGACUGCCAGUUGGGAUAAUGCAAACCAGGAGAAGCGCCAUCGCCACAUAGAGGAUGUGAGUUUCCAGGCCACUGAUCAGCAAUUCGUGGGAGUCGUGGGAACAGUGGGUGCUGGAAAGAGCACUCUCCUCCAAGUGAUACUUGGUGAAUUGGAUAUCAUUAGUGGCAGUGUGGAUCUGAAUGGAGUCCUAAGCUACGCUCCUCAGGAGCCGUGGCUACUUCGGGGUAGUUUGCGGGAGAAUAUCCUAUUUACGGAGCCCUACGACGAGCACCGCUAUCUGGAAGUCCUACGGGUUUGCCAUCUGGACAGAGAUGUGGAACAGCUGCCCUCAGGAGAUGAAACCAGAGUGGGUGAAGGAGGUGCAAGUCUGAGUGGCGGCCAAAAAGCUAGAGUUAGUUUAGCCAGGGCCGUCUAUCGAAAAGCGGAUAUCUAUCUCUUGGACGAUCCUCUAUCCGCCGUUGACUCUCAUGUGAGCAAAAUGCUUCUGGAUCGUUGCCUCAACGAAUUCCUGUCUAAUAAAAUACGUAUCCUGGUCACUCAUCGAGUUCAGCUGCUCAGACAUGUGGAUCAUUUGGUCCUACUCGAAGGUGGCCGCAUUUCUAUCCAGGGGCAUUAUGAUGCCCUUAAAAAGCUUAUAAGGUUCCGGAUGUCUGUGGCCAAUGAUGUCGAGGUGGCCAAACUAAGGGCAAUGCGUACUGACAGUGUUUAUGAAGAGCCGGAGCCAAGGAAAUCUCUGUCUCAGGAGGAGCAUCUCGAUCGAGAUCAGAUACAGCAACAGUUUAAGGAACAGCAAGAGAGAGGAUCCGUCAAACUGAAUACCUACAAGGAGUACUUCAGGGUGCUGGGACAUCCCUUGGUGGUGGUGCUUAUUCUUCUGAUGUUCGUUGUAGCCCGUGCAUCUGAAGCUACCAUGGACAUCUUUCUCUCCAAAUGGGCAACUUGGGAGGAGACAGAACCCAAUCAGCAUGAACCCAUUCCGGAGUAUCAUAGAACACGCCUGCGUAUGAUGAUCCUCUAUACGUUCCUCAUCCUGUGCACCCUCGUUUUCUAUGUUCUCCGCACCUUUGGAUUCUUUAUGAUGACCCUGAGGAUAUCGUUGCGGAUUCAUGAUCAACUAUUCCAAGGGGUCAUUCGUGCCUUUAUGCAUUUCUUUACGCUGGCCACCUCUGGGCGGAUUUUGAACCGAUUCUCCAGCGAUAUCCUGGCAAUAGAUAUUAACCUUCCGCAGGCCUUGAUGGACUCCAUUGAGUUUGCUGUAAAUGCUUUGGCUGUGCUCGCGGUGGUCAGCACAGCCAACAUUUGGCUCCUCAUUCCGGCCAUCGUGGUGGUGGCUCUUUUAUACGGCUGUCGGUGUCUUUACAUAGGAGCCAGUCGGAGUCUUAAGCGCAUAGAAACUAUCUCUCGCAGUCCCAUCUAUUCACACACGAAUGCCACUUUCAAGGGACUGACCACCAUCCGUGCUCUGAAUGGCACCAAAUACAUGAUGCGGGACUUCCAUUACUACCAGAAUGAGAAUACUUCGGCCUUGUACCUUCAUGUGAGCAUCAACCGCGCCUUUGCCUUUUGGACGGAUCUCAUCUGCGUGCUGUACAUUCUGGCGGUGACUUUUAGCUUCCUGCUAUUCGACAAGCACAGAGGUUACUACAGUGGGGAUGUGGGUCUGGCCAUAACUCAGUCCAUGAAACUGGUGCUAAUGUGCCAGGCGGGAAUGCGGCAAACUGUGGAGUUGGAGAACAUGAUGACCAGUGUGGAGCGGGUGAUGGAGUAUGUGAAUAUACCAUCGGAACCUGCGUACGAGACGGAGAAAUCGGUUAACCUGCCCAAGCAUUGGCCCAGUGGCGGACAGCUGGACUUCCGUGAUCUGCGCUUGCGCUACAGUGAUCACGGUCCGUACAUCCUGAAGGGUCUCAACUUCACGAUCCGCGGUGAGGAGAAGAUCGGCAUAGUGGGUCACACGGCGGCGGGUAAAUCUUCCAUUGUUCAGGCUCUCUUUCGUUUGGCUCACAUCGAUGGACACAUUUCCAUCGAUGGUUAUGAGACAUCCGAGUUGGGACUACAUGAUCUGAGACGGAGAAUCUCGAUCAUACCGCAGGAUCCGGUGCUUUUCUCUGGAUCUCUCCGCUUCAACCUCGAUCCAUUCGAGGAGAAGACGGACGAGGAACUGUGGCUGGCCCUGGAGGCCGUCAAACUCAAGGAGUUCGUAUCGAAUCUGAAAGAGGGCAUAUGCUGCAGGCUUCACGAUUGCGGGGCCAACUUCAGCAUGGGCCAGAGACAGCUGGUCUGCCUGGCCAGAGCCCUCCUUCGCCAGAACAAAAUACUCAUCAUGGACGAGGCCACAGCUAACGUGGAUCCAGAGACCGACAAUCUCAUCCAGGAGGCGAUUCACACCAAGUUCGCACACUGCACCGUGCUGACCAUCGCCCACCGUUUGCACACCGUAAUGGACAACGACCGGGUGAUGGUAGUGGACAUGGGUAGGGUGGUGGAACUGGGGCAUCCUCACGAGCUGCUGCACAACCGGCAUGGCUACCUGCAUCGAUUCGUGGAGAAGACGGGCGUAGGUACCGCCCAGCACCUGAGGCACCUGGCGGAGCAGAGCUACCGUAAACGGGUGCUGGGAAGGAAAUCGGAGGAUCAGGGAUCCGUGCUCGAACUGGGGUACAAGGGGACGACCCUGUGAAAGACUGCUGGGGGAAUUAAUUACACACGUACGCCUGGGCGAAGUGGCUUUUGUUCUGUUAGGUAUGGUAAUAUAGACUUUAUUAUAGUGAACUGAUCUUUAAAUAUAGUUAUAUAUGUAUAUACUUUAUAUGUACUUCAUAAUAUACUCGUACUUAGUUGUUUCAACUCGAUCGCCUUCGAUUUGCCUUCUUGAAUUUGAAAAAGCAAUUUAUCUUUUAGGUUAAGAUUACAUUACCAUCGUCUAUAUUUUGCUAC